AUGUCUUGUGGGAGUUUUGAAGAUGUGCGCUCCAAGUGUAUCUGUCCACCCUACAGGAACAUCACUGGACACAUCUACAACAGGAAUGUCUCCCAGAAAGAUUGUAACUGCCUCCAUGUAGUGGAGCCCAUGCCAGUGCAGGGCCAUGAUGUGGAGGCCUACUGUCUGCUGUGUGAGUGCAAGUAUGAGGAACGCAGCAUUAACACCAUCAAUGUGACGAUCAUCAUCUACCUGUCAGUGGUGGGCUCUCUGCUACUCUACAUGUUGUUCCUGCUGCUGGUUGAACCUCUCAACCGUAAACAUGACCCCUACAUCCAACCCCUUCACAACGAGGAGGACUCUGAGGACAUGAGACCGCAGCCUGAUUGUGCUGCUGCUGCCCAGGGAGGCAGAGGUAACACGGUACUGGAACGGGUAGAGGGGGUUUGA